AUGGACCAGCUCAGGAAAUUCAUUCAAUGGGAUGCCAAAGGAAUACUGGAAAAGAUACGAUUGUGUUUAAUGAAGAAACUGCUGCCAGAUUGGGAAGACAGAAAGAAGUAUCAUGAGGAGUUUGCCUCAUCCACUUCAUUCCAUGGUGUGCAUAACAUUGUCCACAGGCAGAGCAAGGCUCGCAGGGCGCUGUGGCUGCUGGUGGUGGCAGCCUGCCUUGCCACUGCUGUCUGGCAGAUCUGCAGCCGCUUCAGCUACUACUUCAGCUGGCCAACCACCACUACCAUGGCGGUACAGUACGUGGAAAAAGUCAAAUUCCCCGCUGUGACCUUCUGCAACUUGAACAGGUUUCAAGCUCAUGCUGUGAGCGACCUGAAAGUAAUUUUUUUAAUUUGGAACAUUGUAUCUUCAAUUCUCCAAAAAUUUACUACAGAAGACAAAUAUUCCCAGGAGUUAAACAAUUUCCUUCUUGGGAACCAGAACUUCAGCAUCAAAGACUUUACAAGGAAAAAUGGGUUUUAUCUGAACAGCAGCACAUUGAUUGAAUGUGAUUUUUUCGGAAAGCCAUGUUACCCACAGGAUUUUGAACAUGUUUUCACUGAAUAUGGAAACUGCUUUACUUUUAAUCACAAUGAUCUUUCAGCAAGAAGAGUGAGUUUGUCUGGAAGAGGCUUACAUUUGCUUUUUGAUGUCCAGCAGGACAAAUUCACUGAUGAGCCUACCCUUGGUUAUACUGAUGCUGGAAUAACUUUUGUUGUCCACUCACCCCAAGAGCUGCCACGCUUUGAUGGUUUAGGUUUGCUGACACCAGUGGGGACGCACGCGCAGGUCGCAAUCCGCCAGCUGAAGUCAAUUAUCCAAGAAUACCCAUGGGGAGAGUGCAAGCCUGAUAUAAAACUUCAGUACCACAAGAUUUAUAGUACUAAUGGAUGUUUGCUGGAAUGCAAAGCCCGGUACAUACAGGACUGGUGUGGCUGUUUGCCAUUCAUUCUUCCAGGAAAUGGAACAGAAUGUGACUUGCUGAAGUUUUACAAAUGUGUUUAUCCAGCAGUCUAUAAUAUAGAGAUAAAAGGAUUAUGUACAGUAGGAACACACAAUUCCACUUGCCCUGCCCCAUGUGAAGAAACAGAUUAUCCUACAACUGUCACCUAUUCAAACUUUGGAGGAGAAAAAGCCAUAAAAUAUUUUUCUACAAAACUGAAGAAAAGCUCAGAAUACAUCAGGCAAAACCUUGUGCGUAUUGAGAUUAAAUAUCACGAUCUGAGCUACAAAAUAACACAGCAGCAGAAGGCUUUGACUAUCUCUGAGUUGCUUGCUGAUGUAGGUGGCCAGCUUGGAUUGUUUUGUGGUGCCAGUAUGAUUACAAUCAUAGAACUGCUAGAGUAUAUUUUUACUAACUUCUGUUGGAUGUGCAUCUUUCUUCUUUUGAAAGCUCCUGAAAUGCCUCAAUGGAACAAUCCAUCCCAGAACCAACCAAUGCAAAAGGGAAAAAAGAGGGGAGUGCAAGAAUGUUAA